UAUGAUAUGGUCUUGACAUUGAAAGAUAUACAAGUGAGAACAGACGAACAAAUAAUUAUGACUCGCUGACAGUCCACUUCACCUAAUCACCAUGAGGAGUAGAAGUAACUCAGGAAUACGUUUAGAUUAUUUCCAACGUCUUGUUAACCGAACCAUUUACGGUAUCAAAGUCCCUCCACUGGGCUGAUAUCAUCACGUGAAGACAGCCAACACAGCUGGGUUCGUGACAAUGUUUACAGCAUCAUGGCAGUCUGGGGCUUGGCAUUGGCCUAUCGUAAAACAGCAGAUCUUGAUGAAGACAGAGCCAAAGCUUAUGAGUUAGAAAAGGCAGUGGUGAUGCUCAUGCGGGGAUUGCUGCGCAGCAUGAUGAUGCAAGUGGAGAAGUUGGAGAAGUUCAAGGUCUCCCAGAACCCACGAGAUGCCUUGCAUGCCAAGUACUGUAGCCGAACAGGAAAAGCAGUGGUCGGCGACUAUGAGUGGGGGCAUUUGCAGAUUGAUGCCACAUCCCUAUACUUGUUGACACUGGCUCAGAUGACUGCUUCAGGCAUGGAGAUUAUAUUCACCUUGGAUGAGGUGGCCUUUGUUCAGAAUCUGGUGUUCUAUAUUGAGACAGCAUAUCGUACGCCUGACUAUGGCAUUUGGGAGAGGGGAGAUAAGACUAACCACGGCUUGCCAGAACUUAAUUCUAGCUCAAUAGGCAUGGCGAAGGCUGCUUUAGAGGCAGUAAAUGAAUUGGAUCUUUUCGGGGCUCGUGGUGGGCCAGCUUCCAUUAUUUAUGUUCUGCCUGACGAAGCUCAGCAAUGCCAGGCUAUCCUUACCUCUAUGCUGCCAAGAGAGUCAUCAUCCAAAGAAGUUGAUGCGAGUCUCAUAACAAUCAUCGGAUUUCCAGCAUUUGCAGUAGAUGACACAGAGAUUGUUGCAGAAACACGCAGGGUGAUAAAGGAGAAAUUGAGUGGAAGGUAUGGAUGCUGCCGGUUUCUGAGAGAUGGGUACAAAACUGCAAGAGAGGAUCCACGACGACUACACUAUGAACCUUGGGAGCUUCUCAUGUUUGAAAAAAUUGAAUGCCAGUGGCCUCUUUUCUUUGCCUACUAUAUCCUGGAUGGCCUCUUCCGCAAUGAUAUGAAGCAGGUAGAAGAAUAUAGACAACGACUUGAUGAAAUCAUGCUGAAGAGUGAAGAUGGCAUACCACUCCUGCCAGAACUGUAUGCAGUGCCACCGGAAUUGGUGGAGAAGGAAUUGGCCAAUCCCAACAGUCAAAAACGUGUUGCUCAAGGACAGCUUCCUCAUAUGUGGGGACAAUCCAUGUACAUCUUGGGUCGCCUUAUGUACGAGGGCUUUCUCUCACCUGGAGAAAUUGAUCCCCUUAAUCGCCGUCUGGUUAGUGAACCAAAGCCAGAUGUAGUGGUACAAGUUGUGAUUCUGGCAGAAACUCGCAAGAUAGCAGAAAAGCUGAUGCAGCAUGGUAUUGAAGUGCAGACCAUUCAAGAUACCAGCCCCAUUCAAGUCCACCCAGCCCGUGUCUUAUCUCAUAUCUUCUCACUUCUGGGGAAAAACAGACAGCUGGGUGUAACUGGCCGGCCAUCUACUGAAAUUGGUCUCCUGGCUACAAGCAAACUAUAUGUCCUUAACGACCAGAUUUUUGCUUUUAUACCAGAGUUUAUGGACCAGCAGCGGUACUACACGGUUCUAGACACCAACUUUCUGAUAGAUUUGCUGCGCAAUCAGGUGGCCUACUUGAAGCACAGCUGGAAGGCUAUGGGCAGGCCCAUCAUCACAUUUGUUGUCACUUCCAUGCUUUUUGAUCAUUUGCACAACCCACCUGCGGCCCUUAUUGCAACCAUUAAGAAACUGCAGAGUGGCUACAUCAGUGGUGCUCGUGUUCACAUGGGAAAUCUUUCUGAGUUUCUUAACACUUCCUGCAUUUGCAAACUGACAUUUCUGCAUGACCCUAAUGACCCAUCACAGAAAGAAGAUCAAGUGAUGAAAAUCAUAGAAGAUAUCGCCAGUCCGUCCUGCCGCAGACCAUAUCUUCUGUCCACAUCUCGUCGAUCACGGAAAGCCAGCACUGUUUUGUCUGGAACAGCAGUCAGUGGAAUUGUGCGGCGCUCUCGUUCCAUUCAGAUUGAUCCUGACCAGUUACCAGACUUGUAUGCCCACCUGAACAGCUUGAGGCGGCAGUCUUUUGUCUCCCCAACAGCUAGUGGCACAGACAUUUUAACUGCAAUUCAUCUUCGAAAAAAGUCCACGGCAAAAAAUAUAGAAUGUCCGCAAGCAUCACCUUAUGGAGGACAGUCUGUGAUAGAAGAAGAAACUUUGUCACGGCACCCUUCAUUAACAACUGGCAUAGCACCUGCUCAUAGGACAAAACGGGCCUCUCUUCCAGCCGUGAUGCCAUCACAUGAUAUCUACGGCUUUAGCAGAGUAGCAGAGACAAUAGACGAGGCGGAAGAAGAGCCCACAGUUACAUCACAGAUUUUGAAACCAGUCCAAAAUACUAAGGAAAUCACAUCCUACACCCAGCAGUUCUUACAUCUAAAAGAUGCCAGCAGUGGGCACUAUGACCUGCCACACACACCAAGUGGCUCACCCACCUCCUCACCUGGUCCACGGCACAGACAGUUAAAAGGGGAUAUCUCAGAUGUGGAUCUGAGUGACCUCACAGACCAGCUGCAGAAGUCCGAGACUCUGCAGGAACAGGCUGACAUCAUCCACUAUCUCUACACUGCUAAGGGUCUCGACUGGGAUACACACAUGGAUCUGAAGAAAAAGUGCACUGUCAAAGACCUGCUGACUGAACUGUAUGAAAAGGCAAGCCACUGGAAACAGUGGUGGCUGGUAAGACAUACAGCAGGCAUGUUGGAGAAACGGGUCGAAGAACUUGCCAUCGCUGCUACAGACUUACUGGUGCGGCAAAAACAGUUGUCAGUGGGCAUGCCAAAUGAUGGGGAACGCAUCAUCACAUGCCCUCUCCCGCCUGACGAACUUUUCAGCAUAAUCAACGAAGCUUGUGGUGAAGACAAGAGCUCUGUAUCUCUGACUCAGGAACUUCUGAUCUACUUGGCCAUGUUCAUCCGAACAGAACCCAAACUGUUCCAUGAGAUGCUGCGACUCAGGGUAGGCCUAAUCAUUCAGGUCAUGGCUUCAGAAAUGGCACGCACUCUGAAAUGUACAGGUGAUGAGGCUUCAGACCAUCUAUUAAAUCUGAGUCCUUUUGAGAUGAAAACGUUGCUGCAUCACAUCCUCAGCGGAAAGGAGUUUGUCAUCAACACCUACUGUCUGUUACCUCUGGUAAAAGACCCUUCAGCUGAAGUUGACGAUGAGUUACGGCUGGCUGUCAGAUCAAAGCAUUCAAAAGAGGAGGCCUCUGAAUUUGCAAGAGUCAGUAGGAGGGAUAAGGUGGUAAGCCAGAAAGACCUUCCACUCAUCAGCGUUGCCUCCUCAACAGAGGAGUCAGAUGAGAGCAGCCAUGACCGCCAGGGUCAGUGGCUUCGUCGUCGCCGCCUGGAUGGAGCCCUGAACAGAGUGCCAGUGGGCUUCUACCCUCGCAUCUGGGAGGUUCUUCGCAGGUGCCCUGGAAUCAGGAUCGAUGAUACUCUUCUGCCUUCAAGCUUGACUCAGGAGAUGACAAAGGGGGAGUUUAAGUUUGCGCUGCAAGUGGAGAUGGCGCUGAAUUGCCUGCCACACCCUGAGUACCGACAACUGAUGGUGGAGGCUAUGAUGGUGCUGGUGUUGGUGGUAGAGAAUGACAACAACACCAUCCGUUUCAAUGACAUCAUCCAGAUAGACAAAAUUGUGGAAGAAGCAAAUAAAAUCUUCAUUGCAGAUCAGCAAAUGUCAGAAGAUGUGGUGGAAUCUACUUUGGGAGCUGGUGACAUUUGCCAACAUCUGUAUGACAGUGCACCUAGUGGUCGUUUUGGUACUAUGGCCUAUAUGUGUCGGGCUUUGGCUAGCAUUCUUCAGUUGCCUGUAAACAAUGGUGCACUUGAGUGUGUUGUCAGCUGAACACCUACCCCAACAUUAAAAGGAACCUGUUUACAUUUUCUCACAAAAAUUGUUGUGAUUUCCUAGCUCAUGCGUAUCUCAGUUAAAAAGGUAGUUGCAGUGGUCAAGUUUCCUGUUCACACUGAUGGUAUGACAGGAAUUUAUAGGCCUAAAUGUGUUAGCUUCUAUUUUGUGGAUGACUGUUCUGUCUCUUUCAUGCUGUCAUCUUAUCGUGUCAGCACAUACCUGGGUGAUUUGCGCAAACCAACACAAGCAAUAUAAACCGAAUACCCCAUGGCUUCACUCUGGUCACUCAGCUGCUAGGUAUAAAAUAAGACUGGUUACCUUGAUGGUUGUGUUGCAUAAUGAUUUUGGUGCCCAUUAUGAUGUGGCUAAUGAUCUGUUGUUGUUUUUUGUCUUGGGAAGACUGGGUUUUGAACUACAAGGGAAACUAACUUUAAUUCAUCCCUCAUGCUUUAUUUUUAAAACUACCUUUUUGGUAUGGAAACAUUUUUGAACUAUUGUACACCACUCAUUAUUAAUGUGUACUGCUUACCUUCACAUUUGCCUUGUGACAAGACCUGAAAGUUUGGUUCUGUUGUGAUUUAAGAUUAGAAUUUUGAGGUGACCUGACCUAGUUAUGGUUUCAUACAUUGCUGCAGCCUGGUGGUUCAGGGCUGAUGGCUGUUGCUCCUCUUAACCCGUUUUCCCUCCCGGAGCACAGUAAACAUCAUUAAAUUCCUCCCAUCAAUUCACCAGUGUUUUGAAAAGGGCAAAGUGAGGUGAUAUGAACACCAGUUCAGGGAAAUGUUAAGGUUAUUGACAUCUUUAUUUUUAACUUUUGCCCCCCCCCCAAAAAAAAAAAUUAAAAAAACUGUGUAAAUUUGCAUUUGAUACUUAUUUGUGAUUAUUUAUAUGUGCAAAGCAUAACAAUUUUUAUGUGAUCAGUUUGCACAAAUUGUUGUGAUUUCUUUUUGAAUUUCAAACAGGCAGGUUUGUGCAAAGCUCAGAUUACAAUUUCUGCAAUGUUGCACAUCCAAAGCAGUAUCCUUACAUUUUUGUAUAAAUUUUUUUAAAAAAGUUUUCUUGGCACAAGAAGGUAGUGUGCAUACAAAUAUGAUGGUGUGAAUUGAAUAGACAUAAGCAAUGUGUAUGCACAUGCAUGAUAACAGAGCGAGAGUAUCAAAAAGGUUUGCUACCAUGUUGGGUUUUUUCCCAAAGAGAAUAUUUGCUCUGCCAAAUGUUCAGUGUGAAGGUAUCCCUGGAAUUGUGUAUAUAAGUUUUUUUUUUCUGUUUGAAUCAAAACUUUAUUUAUUUUUUAAUACAGUCUUCUCAUUUGAUGGCAUUGCUUUGUUUCAUUUUUUAGCAAAGAGGAAAACACACAUGCACUGUUGGUUCAUUAGCUUGGCAGAAAAAUGUUUUCACCUAGAGGUAAUAUGAAGGGAGGGUGGAGUGGGGUGGAACCAGAAUACCUGAAGGAAACACCCAACUGCCAGGCCUGCAAACAGGUGACACAUACUGAGAGCAUCCCAAGACAAGAUCCAAACCUUGGACCUUUCAGUUUACUCUGGUGGUGACAAGCAAGUGUUUUAACCACUAUGCUACCAGGUGUCCCUAUGCACAUAUGGAGUUGUGUGGGAACCUUGGAAGGUUGCUUUGUAUUUCCACGUUGAUAUAGACAGCCACCAAGAGUAUUGUCUGUGUCCAUACUGACAGCUUAGAUGCGGGUGGGUCAGGUUGCUUCAUUUCAUUGUAGAUUUAAGUUUAAUCUGCACUGUUCAAAGUCAGAUACUUCUGAUACCUUGAUGUUGCUAUCACGCAAUAUCAUGUCCCUCUUUCCACAUUGUACACAGAUUUUCUGAAGAUGAUAAGGUAGAGGGUUUCUAACAUAAUUUUGAACAUUGAAGUUUUAUUGGUUCACAUAAUCUGCUACCAGCAAUGCCUAGAACCUUGUAAAAAUAUCUGGUAAAUCUAUGCUUAGGGCAGAACCAUCAUAAGCAAUGCAGGUCAUGACAUGUCAAGUUCCAGUAUUAUCCAGUGCUACUCAAUAGCCUCGCGUUUGAUUCCUUAUUAUAAUGUUUUGGAAAAGUUGUUGUAUUGCAAUAGUUCAUGAGUACUAUUGGCAGUGUACUGUUGGUUUUCUUUAGAAUUAUGGCAGAGCCUGUUACCAUUCAUUUUGUAUUAAAAAAGUUCUUUGACACAACAACAAUAAAAAAACAAAGCAGUU